AUGGCGGAGGUGGUGGAGUUCCGGGUGCCCGUGGGGCGCGCCCAGACGCUGCUGGUGUGGGGGCUGGAGCCGCAGCCGGGCCUGGAGCAUUCCCUGUUCUCAGCGUUUUCCAAAUUCGGGCCGCUCUACUCGGUGCGAGCACGCAGAAAUGCCGCCGUGGCAGGGCCCGGGUAUUACGCCGUUAUCAAGUUUUAUUCAGCUGGAGAUGCCAGCAGAGCCCAGCGCGCGUGCAAUGGGCAAAGGCUGUUUCAGAAAUCUCCCUUGAAGGUUUGCGUUUGCACCAAGGAGAAAGGGUUUCAGCCACAAGUCCUUGCUCUCAAGAGCAACAAGUGCCAGGAGUUGGCCAACCACUACCUUGGCUUUAACGGCUGGUCCAGUCGCAUCAUCACACUGCAGAAUGUAUCUGGCUUUGAUGGUGAGAAUGAGGAACUGGGAAAGACAUUACAGAAGCGAUCCGUGAAAUACCUGUGUGCUGUAGAGGUGUCACUGCCCAACCAUGGGGUACGCACCAGGGGAGUUGCCCUCGGCGAGGCAGACAUCGAAAACGGUGACGAUCCUCUCGAGUUUGUCACAGCCUCAAGACGAGUUCAGAAACUGGCAGUCGGGAAGGCUUUGUCUAGCGCCUUUCAAAAGAUACUCCUCGUAGUCUUAGAGAAUGGGAAAGUGGCCGUGGAGUACAGUUCCUCCCAAGAGGAGCCCACAGACUCCUUAACAGAAGAGGAACUGAAGGGGCUUGUUCAGGUCAGUGAAUUGUCCUCACAACAGUUUGACCUUGAAGAAGAAGUUUUGUCUGAUCUCAGUGUUGAUGAUGAGCUCCCUAGCCGGGAGAUGCCAUCUAAUUAGUGCAGCUCCAUCUUCACAUCGUUUCCAAAAGUUCUGCAGCGUUUGAUUAGGAAUGAAAGUCUAAUGCUGUGAAAUGACAUGUGCGUCAUAUCCAAUGUUUUCUUUUUCUCCAAAUACGUAACAGCAAAAGAAGUGGGCAAUAAACCUAGUGUUACUAAAAUUAAGCCCAAAAAUGUAUGCUGGUUUUGGAGAUGAAGUGUUUUCAUGUCAACUUAUCCAGGUCAGCUAUAUAUGGAAGCCAGCUUAGCUGCACGGUUAUUAUUUAGACAGCGUAACAGAUGUGCGUAACACUUAUAGAAAAAUAAA